AUGGAUUCUAGUCUCAGGAAACUGUACAUUCUCGGAAUAUGCGGCCGGCUGACCGGGUCGAUUGCCAUUUUUGCCAAGAAAAAGGGCAUCGAAGUGCGAGGAUGUGAUUGGCGAAAGAACCCGCCCGUCGCCCCGAUGCUGGAGGAGCAAGGCAUCGAAAUAUCAUUGGGCUACAACUUUUCCGAUAUUGAGAACUUUGCCCCGGAUUUGAUCCUAAUCGGCACCACCCACAUACGGGGCGAGGCGAUCGUGGAGCAAAUCCUGGCCAGCGGCAUUCGCUACAUCUCGGCGGCGGCCUUUAUUGGUGAAUAUAUUUUACGUGACAAAUGGGUGCUGGGCGUCUCGGGCACGCACGGCAAGACGACCACGGCCAGCAUGCUGGCCCACAUUCUGAAAGAGGCCGGCAAACAGCCUUCUUACUUAAUAGGAGGCGUAGCCGAGAGCCUCGGCACUUCUUUCCACUUCACCGACGCAUCACCCUACUUUGUGAUCGAGGCCGACGAGUACAAGACGUCGUUCUGGGACCCCAGGCCGAAAUUUGUGCACUACCGCCCGAAAACUUUGAUCAUCAACAACGUCGAAGAGGACCACAAUUCCGUAUAUGCUAAUUUGGAAGCGAUUGAAGCUGCCUUCCACAGCUGCACGCUGCUGGUGCCGUCUAAUGGCCUUCUGGUAUUCCCGGCCAACUCUGAAUCGGUGAAAAGCAUCGAAGCACGCGGAAUCCACUGCGCUGCCAAGAAAUUUGGGAGUGAAGGGUAUACCGGAAAGGCCUUAAAAGAAGACUUCUCCAAAUUCACGGUGCUUAUCGAUGGCAAGGAAAGCGCGGAAGUGGAAUGGUCAAUGCUAGGACAGCAUAAUAUGAAUAACGGUUUGGCUGCCAUUGCCGCAGCUGAACACGUGGGCGUUGACACAUUCACAGCCGCAAAAGCGCUGUCCUGCUUCAGAGGGGCCGCCGAUCGAUUGACUAAGAUCGGCACCAGCAACGGCAUCUCAAUCUGGCGUGACUAUGGCUAUCACCCGACUUCUGUCACCGCCACUCUAAAAGCCCUGCGUCAGCACGUCGGCCCCAAGGCUAGAAUCGUGGCUGGGAUCCCGCUGCAUUGGCAAUUGAACUGGGGUCCCCUCUACCGCGAUGGACUGAUCAACGCAUCCACGUAUGUAGAUGCCGUCGUUUUAUAUGCCAACCGAGACAAAGUGGCUGGCUAUCCGGCCGAGCAAUUCGCCGAGUUCAUGCGGCCAAAAGUUCAGUCAACUCGCGAUCCCGCCGAAUUCGAAAAGCUGCUUUUCGAGCAGGCCGAGCCUGGGACCCAUACAGGGACG